AUGUUCUCCUCCAGGCGUGCCGAGUCCACCACCAGGAGCUUCUCCAAAGGUCACAAGGUCUCCAAGUCGAGCACCUCCUUUCGCGAGAGCAGCGGUGUCUCCAAGAAACGCCACGAGUCGUCGUCUCGCCACCGUCGCCCUACCACAGCUUCCACGGCUGGAACCGUCGAUACUUCCAUGACCAAUGGCAUCACCUCCAGCGUCGUCACCCUCGUCGUCGGCGCCGAGCAGCGCCUCUUUGCCGCCCACGAGGACGUCCUCUGUGCCAGUCCCUUUUUCGCGCAGACGCUGCGCACCACGUACAUGGACCCGGCGGCCAAGCGCAUCGCGCUCCCCGACGAGGAGCCCGAGAUCUUCAGCUCCAUCCUCGAGUACCUCUACAAGGGCGACUACUUCCCGCGCCUCGCGCACAACAAGCGCCGCAACUCGUGGGAGAUUCAGGCCCCGGCGAGCGACGAGGAGCAGGCGCGCGUCGAGAGCACCGUCUACCACCGCAGCUUCGACGGCGACCUGCUCAAGGACACGGUCAUUUACUGCGCCGCCGAGCGUUACGGGCUGUCAGAGCUCAAGAAGAUUGCUCUCCGCAAGCAAGGACUUCAAUCUGGCAUCCAGUGCAGCACCAUUUUGACGUCGGCUCGCUACGCAUACGCCAACACGCCCGACACAGACUCCAAGCUGCGCGCUCACUACCUCGCUCUCAUCAUCCGCUCCCGCAACACCUUCAAGCGCAGCGGGACCAUGCAGCUGGAGAUGCACAACGGCGGCACGCCCCUCUUCUUUGACCUCUUUGUCGCUCUCUGCAAUCACGUUGACGACAUUGCAUCGGGGCAGAACACACCCAAGUCUAAUCGAUUCUUCUCCUAA